AUGACGUCGCUUUCAAGUCAGCUUCAGUCACUCCGCACAGCUACAGCCCAGCAUCAAACGGUAGAAAGGCGACAUGUUUCCCUGCUGUUCGCAAAAAAGGAGGCUGAGGCACUCGACAGAGAAACUGUUUACAACAUAGGCUGCGUGGGCUUGCGAAAACUGAAGGAAUUGGAUGGAGAAUUCGCUGCCAAAAACGAUCUGUUCGACGAGUCUCGCCUGCAUUUUCAACGUUCCAUGAUAACUAAUGAGGAAAAUCUUGCUCUAAAUGAAAAGAUCGAGAAACUGCUGUUUCUACUUUCUCCAUACUUGCAGCAUUUUGCAUGUCAGCAAGUCUUAGAGUGGCUUAUUUACGCCUACAACGCGGAGAGUAUGAUCUUGACAUUCCUUCCCUUUCACGAAACUAAUGUUUUUGGUCGUAUUUUAUCCAUACUUGAAUAUAAUUUCGCGACGUCGAAAGAUUGGGCGUUUAUGGAGGGUUUUGGCAAAAAGGAAUAUCCUGUUCCAUUCAGCUCCAUUGUAAAAAACACGGUAUCCAGUACUCAUUCAUUAAUCACACGCCUUGGUGAUCAUUUAAACCGAGGAAUCCAGCUAGUUGGAGAGGAAUUCUUGGAAAAGAAAUGUCAUAUGCUAUUUACAUUCUAUACGAAGCUCCUAAUUGCUGUGUUGGAGGAGUCCUCGAAGAUUGAUGAUGCAUUGCUCGCUAAAAUCAUUCCGCUCAUCGCAAUAGGGCUCAAAAGUGCUCUCCCAUCUUUCCGUCAGGCAUCGUUGAUGGUAAUCUGUCAACUGGCCGUAACCGUGAAGUUAACGCCAGAUGUAGUGGCAUCACUCACGAAGGUUGUAUUGAUGAAGGUUCGGAGCAAUUCACUGGAAAGCUCGCUGUCAACUCUAAUUGUUUUAUGCCAACAACAAUCAGUGGAGUCCCUGUCAAUCAAAGAGCCGGCUUUCGAACAAACGUUGGGCGCAAUUGAGCAAGAGGGUUUGGUCGCGCUGAAAGUUAUCGAGAAAAAACUGAUCUAA